ACAUCAAACGUUUGCCUUACGAUUUAGGAACAAUGAAAGCAAAGCGCAGAAAGACUUUUCUUUCAGUUCAAUUCCAGGAAGCUUUCUUCGUUCUCUUCUCUCUCUUCUCUCUCUUCUCAAGGUCUUCAAGUCUUGGUCUUCUUCCUUUGAAGUGUCUUUUUCUCUCUACAUUCAGAGAGUCUGGUCUUCCCUUCCGCUUCUCGUACGCUCAGCAAGUUACUUAGAAAAUCUCUGUCUCUAUUUCUGUUUAGCUUUUUAUCCAGAUUUCAGAGCCUGCAUUGCUUCGGGGCACUGGUUUUGUUGGUGGGCAUCAAAGCGAAAAGAGAAAGAAAGAGGAUUUUUGUUGCUUUCAGGUUGAGGUGAAAGAAAUGGAUGGUGGUGAGAAAGAUAAUGUACCUAUUCUAUCGGAAACUCGUUCUCAGAUUAUGGAUGCUGGAUUAAAGAGGUUUACAGCCAUAAGUCGAAGUGCAUCUAUGUCCAUUCCAAUGAACUCCAUGGACUAUUAUGAAAAUGAAAAUAUUUUCUCAAGUCACACUGGUCCUUUAAGGAGUGAAAGAAGAACCCCUUUCAUACAGAUGAGUGGCCCAUUGUACACUAGUAGGAAAAAUGAGAAUCUUACCAAGUCUAUGAAUGUGAAAAUGGGCCGUCCUUCGCUGAUGGUAGAUCCAUUAUCUUCUUCUAAUGGGAUAGAUAGAGAAGACUGGCCAGAUGACAACUUUACCAUGAAUGCACAUUUAUUGAGGUCUGGGCCUCUGGGUGUAUGCAAUGAUCCUUACUGCAUAACUUGCCCAACCGAUUAUAAUUACAGAAACGAACGGAAGAGCUCAAGAGCUUCUGGCCUAUUUGACUACAAGUUUCAUAAUGCUCUUUAUGGGGAUGCUAAAGGUUGGGCAAGGAGGUUCUUUGCCUUUCUAUAUUCAUACAUUCCUGGAGUGAUGAAUCCUCAUGCUAAAGUUGUUCAACGAUGGAAUAAAUUUUUUCUCAUUUCCUGCUUGCUGGCGAUUUUUGUGGACCCUUUGUUUUUCUUUGUGCUUACUGUGCAAGAGGACCACAAAUGCAUAGUUCUUAACUCUUCCUGGACAACAGCAUUUGUUGUUCUUAGAAGCAUGACUGAUUUCAUUUACUUAUUACACAUGCUUCUUCAGUUUAGGCUAGCUUAUGUUGCUCCAGAAUCGAGAGUGGUGGGUGCUGGAGAUUUAGUUGACCAUCCAAAGAAAAUUGCUCUACAUUACCUUUCUACAUACUUUUUAAUUGAUGUAUUUGUCGUAUUACCACUUCCUCAGAUCAUUAUAUUGUUGGUCUUGCCUAAAUACCUGGGGUCAGCUAACUAUGCAAAAAAUCUCUUAAGGGCAUCAGUCCUUCUUCAGUACAUACCCAGGUUUUUCAGGUUUCUGCCUUUGGCUUCUGGUCAGUCUCCGACUGGCUUCAUAUUUGAAUCAGCAUGGGCAAACUUUGUUCUUAAUCUUCUCAUUUUUGUAUUGGCGGGGCAUGUUGUUGGGUCAUCUUGGUACCUCUUGGGAUUACAGAAUUGGGAGAGUGCAGUAAUGUCUGGAGUACAGAGGGUAAAUCAGUGUCUGCGAAAAGCCUGCUCUGACUCUAAGCUGAGGAAUUGUACCACAUUCAUAGAUUGCGGACAUGGGGAGAAUAUUGAGAGUUUUCAAGUAGAUGGAGAAUGGAAACAGUGGACGCACAAUGCAAAUGCUACUGAUUGUUUAAUUAAAGAUAGUCAGCACUUCAAUUUUGGGAUUUACUCCCAAGCUGUUAAGCUUACCACAGAGCCUAGCAUCCUUACAAGAUAUGUCUAUUCCUUAUUUUGGGGUUUCCAGCAAAUAAGUACUUUGGCCGGAAAUCAAAUUCCAAGUUAUUUUGUUUGGGAAGUUCUUUUCACUAUGGGCAUCAUUGGCCUUGGCUUGUUGCUGUUUGCUUUACUUAUUGGAAAUAUGCAGAACUUUCUCCAAUCUCUUGGCCGGAGAGAAUUAGAGAUGCAACUAAGGCGUCGUGAUGUUGAAAGGUGGAUGAGUCAUCGGCGCUUACCUGUGGAACUAAGAAGACAAGUAACAGAAUCAGAACGGUUUAAUUGGGCUGCCACCCAGGGCGUAAAUGAAGAAGUGUUGCUGCAAAAUCUGCCAGAGCACCUACAGAGAGAAAUACGUCGCCAUCUUUUUAAAUUUCUUAAAAAAGUCCGGAUUUUUGCCCUGAUGGAUGAUCAUAUCUUAGAUGCCAUUCGUGAGAGACUACGGCAGAAGACAUACAUAAAAGGAAGCAAAAUUUUAAAUUUCGGAGAUCCAAUUGAGACCAUGGUCUUUAUUGUGAGAGGGAAAAUGGAGAGUAUUGGAGAAGAUCGAAAUACAGUUCCUUUGUCAAUAGGGGAUGUUUGUGGUGAGGAGCUUCUCACAUGGUGUCUUGAAAACUCUUCAGUGAACAAAGAUGGACAGAAACUCAGAAUGCCAGGACGAUUACUUUCAAACAGGAUGGUGAGGUGCUUAACUAACGUGGAAGCAUUUUCACUCCGAGCUUCUGAUCUAGAAGAAGUCACCGGUCUUUUUGCCAGAUUUUUGCGAAAUUCACGUGUUCAAGGAGCCAUAAGAUAUGAAUCACCCUAUUGGAGAGGAUUUGCAGCAACCGGAAUUCAAGUAGCAUGGAGAUACAGAAAGAAACGUUUAAACCGGUUGCAUGCCUCUAAUGGUGAAACAUAGGCUUCCAGUGUGAUAUUGAAGUUUAUUUUGUUGCAGCAUGUGCUUCUUUGAAUUGAUGCAAAUAUAACCUACUCCAUAACUUACGUAUGUUUUGAUGUAAAUAUCGUCAAAUCCAUUGUCUGAUCAUCCUAUUGAAGAAAGUCCAUUGUAGGUAUGUAUACUCAAAAUCAUUAGUGUAAAUGUAAAAUCUCAAUUCCAUUAUCUA